ACAUGGAAACUAUGGAAAGAAGAGAGACUUCUGGAUGUUGUCGAUCCAGAACUGACUGACUAUCCAGAAAAUGAGGUGAUUCGCUUCAUGAAGGUUGCGCUUUUCUGUACCCAAGCAGCUGCAAACCAAAGACCCAACAUGAAGCAAGUAGUGAAGAUGCUUUCCAAAGAUGUAAACCUUAACGAGAAAGCACUUACGGAGCCGGGGGUAUACAGAUCUCAUGCCUCUAAGCACUUCGGUUGUGGUAGUUCAGAUGAGACAUCAUCUUCCCAUAAAAACAAAGGCAAGCAAUCAAUAAACACUCCUAUGCUACUGGUCGAUAUAUUUUUUCAUCUGACUCAGGAGUUAUUAGAAACAGUCCUUGACUCUUUCAGGACAGCCGGCAUUGGAUACAAGUAUUCCUGA